AGCAGACUCAACUGAACCACAGCAGCUUGCAUCAGUCUACAGGCUAGGCAGUGGUGAGAAAAAUCCCAUUGCCACCCACCUGAAAAGGUCUCCAAAUUUGCUUCUCAGGUGACUACAGGACACGUACAGAUCAUAAAGGGGAAACAAAAGCAGAAGCACUGAGAGUGUCACCUGGAAUUUGCAGCUGUCUCUGGCUAAGAAACCAGUUCAAAGCCAGAGGAAGGUCCAAGUCUCAGAACUGGGAUGUGCAGCUGCUCCUCCAGCCUCUCCUCACUCGUGAGAUUUACAGACGAACACUCCUGCCUGCUCAUACGGUGAAGAGCUAGAGAAACCGCGACCGACCCUCCGUCAGCAGCACCAGCUUCUCCUCACAGGAAAUACCCACACGUUUCAUUGCCUCUCAGCAGUGCGCACAGGAACGGGGGGAAAGGCGAAGUGCAAAUGAAAGCCACAACCAACUUCAGCUACUCCAGAAACAACAGCAACUGCACCAGCGAUAACAAAAUCAGUCAAGUAAUUUUUCCUUUGCUUUAUACAAUUCUGUUCCUGGUCGGUCUCACCAUGAAUGGCCUGGCAAUGUGGGUCUUCUUUAAAAUAUCCAGUAAAUCUAAUUUCAUCAUCUUCCUCAAGAACACUGUCAUUUCUGACUUACUCAUGAUUUUGACUUUUCCAUUUAAAAUCCUUAGCGAUGCAAAGUUGGUAUCAUGGGUACUGAGAGGAUUUGUGUGCCAGGUCACCCAGGUUGUAUUUUACUUCACCAUGUACAUUAGCAUUUUGUUUCUUGGUCUAAUUACUAUUGACCGCUAUCAGAAAGCCUCUUCGCCAUUCAGAACAUCAACUCCAAGGAGCCUUUUAGGUGCCAAGAUCCUGUCCACAGCAAUUUGGAUAUCAAUGUUUGCUCUUUCAUUACCCAACAUGAUUCUAUCAAACAAGGAGAAAACGCUUGAGAAUGUAAAAAAGUGUGCUCACUUGAAAUCCGACUUUGGCUUAGUCUGGCACGAAAUUGUAAACUAUGUUUGUCAACUUAUCUUCUGGGUUAAUUUAGCAGUCAUAGUUGUAUGCUACAUACUCAUAAGUAAAGAACUGUACAAAUCCUAUAAAAGGACAAGAUGCACAGGAAAAGCAUCCAAAAAGACUGUAAAUCUGAAGGUUUUCAUCAUUAUCGCAGUGUUCUUUAUUUGUUUUGUGCCGUUCCACUUCACUAGAAUCCCCUACACGUUGAGCCAAACAAGAGACGUUUUUGAAUGCUCUGCUCAGAACACCUUGUUUUAUUUAAAAGAGAGCACGCUGUGGCUGACAUCGCUAAAUGCUUGCCUAGAUCCAUUCAUAUACUUUUUCCUUUGCAAAUCAUUUAGAAAGUCCUUGCUAGACAUGCUGUGCAAGCACACAGCAUUGUCAAAAGUCAGAACACAUAUGAAGGAGCAGAACGAAGGAGAUGACACAGACGAGACGCCGCUCUAGAGCUAAGAACUACCCAUAUCCCUUCUUAGCCACGUACGUUUAUUGGUGGGAGGAAGCAACAAAAAUCCUGCGAAAAACAUCUAGAAUUUCUCCGACUUCUUUAGAAAUUGUCCUACAGAUGAAGCACACGCACCCUGGAACUAAUAUCACUGGCUGCAAAAAUGGUGAAACUAGAGAGCUUGAAAAAAAACAA